AUGGAUUUAAGCUUAAAGAAUAAAUUGGAGCCAUGUUGUGGGAAAUCAAAGUUUGAAAAAAUUUCCAACAAUUUACAUUAUACCAAAAUCUUAUCUACCCUUGUGAACCUAUUAUUGUAAUUGAUUCAUCCUUAUUCAUAGUCAUACUAUCAGUAAAGACUAAUGCGAUUAGUUUUAAAGUUUGCUUGUUAUUGUUUAAUCCAAUUAUUGA